AUGGACGCAGCCCUCCAACUAGGAAAGAAACUGGACACGCUCCGCGCGAAGCAAAAGGAGUGCUGGUGCGAGCCGAGGCUGCGCAGGCUGAUCGACUCUUCUCGCAGCUGCAACCGCGCCUACAUUGAACGCAACGCGGUCCGCAUUACUGUAGCCCUCAGCUCGUACAGCAAAAUGCCCAUCGGCCACGACGAUGCUUUGGACUAUGCCCUUCAGCCCGGAAUUGGAGACAGCGCAGAAGAACAGGAGCUGAUUCUCUAUUGCAACCCCAUGGACAUCAGUCAUGGUCCCACUUCGCCUCUGGCAGACAUCCCCGAGGUCAAGGAACCCGAGGCCCCGAGUACCAGUACCGCUUUCCUGAUUGGAAGGGUGCUAUCACGCGUGCGUGGUAAGCCCCGAGAUAAAUGGGCUGAUACGAAGACGACCCUUCGCCUGAUGCUAGGGAAACCCGGAGAGCGUUGCAGCUUUUGCAUUGUUGGGGAGGGUCCCGAGAAGGACACAAUUACACUGUCUCCGUCGGUGGAGAGCAUUGCCGCUCUGGUGGCAGAUUCCUAUAUUAGUGGAAAGACCUCGACCGUUUUGCGCGUGCUUCGUUCGGCGCCUUUGUGA